AACCACUUGGGCUAGAGCUUGGGCUUUCGCUGGGUGCCUGGCUUGGAUUGCCCGUUGGGCUUAUGCUGGGUUGCAUACUGGGACUAACACUGGGAGAACCAGUGGGAUUCUUGCUAGGUGCAGCACUGGGUCUGGAGCUUGGACUGCCACUGGGGGAUCCAGUAGGAAUUGAACUGGGACUUGCACUCGGACCAGCACUUGGAACGCCAGUUGGGCUGUGGCUGGGCUCUGCGCUUGGACUGGCACUUGGGCUAGUGCUGGGUGUACCGGUUGGACUGGUGCUUGGGAAAAAACUAGGGCUGGCACUGGGGCCCGCACUGGGUGUUCCUGUAGGACUGCCACUUGGAGAAGAACUUGGACUUGAGCUUGGGCGCGUGCUCGGUGCCCCUGUUGGUAUGCCAGUGGGGUUGUCACUGGGAGUGGAGCUCGGUGAGGUGCUUGGUGCUCCUGUUGGGAUUCUGCUGGGGCUGCUGCUCGGGGAUUCACUGGGGGGAGCACUUGGCCUGCCUGUUGGGGAACCAGAGGGUGCAUUGCUUGGCAACUCGGAUGGCAUCAUGCUCGGUGGCUCACUAGGACCAGAACUAGGAGUGGCACUUGGGGUUCCCGUGGGACUCCCGCUGGGAGCAGAACUAGGGCUCGAACUUGGGGCAGCACUUGGCAAGGCAGUUGGUGCAACAGAGGGGGCAGCACUGGGUGAUCCGGAAGGGUCGGCACUUGGUCGUCCAGUUGGGCUUGAGCUUGGUGUUUCACUAGGACUAGUGCUUGGAGAAACACUGGGGUUCACUGUUGGAGAAGCACUGGGAGCAACACUUGGGGACACACUGGGAGAUUCACUAGGCUGGCCUGUAGGACUUCCACUGGGAGAAGAACUAGGCGUCACGCUGGGGUGAGCACUUGUGGUGCGUGUUGGUGACCCAGAAGGGACAGAACUCGGUGAUUCAGAUGGUUUCCCACUCGGUGGUCCAGUUGGAGUGGAGCUUGGUGAUGCACUAGGGGCAGAGCUUGGGGAAGCACUGGGCUGACCUGUUGGAGUGGAGCUGGGUGAAUAGCUGGGGGUUUCACUGGGUGCUACACUUGGACCUAUGGUGGGUGCCUGGCUUGGUGAGAUGCUGGGAGUUCGACUGGGACUUGCACUGGGUGUUUUGUUUGAGGCUGUGGUAGGUGUGUUACUUGGUGUUGUACUUGGUUCAUUGCUUCGACUGGUGCUUGGAUCUGAUGUAGGACUACCUGAGGGCGACAAACUGGG